UUAACACACACACACACUUUGGUCCUGAAAUCCAAGCAAGUUUAAUAAAAGAUCCGAAAACCCGAAACUCGGAGUCGGAAAACCAUGAAGCUGGCCGCGACGGCGGCGGAGAUCUUGAAGACUCCGACCUUCAUCAAAAUAACGGCUAUUGCCAUCGCCUCCCUCACCCUCUUCAUCCUCGUCAACCACUACUCCGCCUCCUACUCUCCCCUCCCCUCCUCCGCCGCGACGACUCACUCUCUCGCAGCUUCUCCGCCGACGGAAUCAUCCUCUCGGCCGGCGUCUCCUCCUCUUCCUGCGCCAACACCGCCUCCACCUCCGCCGCCGCCGGAGGUGGAGAGGAUGGGGAUAGUGGACGAGAACGGCGCCAUGUCGGAGGAAUUCACGGUCGGCGAGUUCGACGAGAGCUUGGCCGAGGAGCUGAGGAAUGCGGGCGGAGGAGGAGCCGAGGAUGGGAGUGGCGGCAAUGGCGGUGGCGGUAGGGUUAAGGUUGACAAGUUUGGGGUGUGUGAUCAGAAAUUGACUGAUUAUAUACCGUGUUUGGAUAAUGUGGAGGAGAUUAAGAAGCUCAAUUCCACUGAGAGAGGCGAAAAGUUCGAAAGGCAUUGUCCUGGAGAAGGCAAGAGGUUGAAUUGCGUGGUGCCGAGGCCGAAAGGGUAUCAGAUUCGAAUUCCCUGGCCUCAGAGCAGAGAUGAGGUGUGGUUCAGUAAUGUACCCCAUAAAAGACUAGUUGAAGAUAAAGGUGGUCAGAAUUGGAUAGCAAUAAAGGGAGAUAAGUUUGUGUUUCCUGGAGGUGGAACACAGUUCAUUCAUGGGGCAGAUGAGUAUUUGGAUCAGAUUUCUAAGAUGAUUCCUGAAAUUGCAUUUGGCCGCAACACCCGAGUAGCCUUAGAUGUUGGUUGUGGAGUAGCGAGUUUUGGUGCCUUUUUGAUGCAACGGAAUGUGACCACUCUGUCAGUUGCGCCGAAAGAUGUCCAUGAGAACCAGAUCCAGUUUGCACUUGAGCGUGGUGUGCCUGCUAUGGUGGCAGUAUUUGCUACUCACCGCUUGUUGUAUCCAAGCCAGGCUUUUGACUUGAUCCACUGUUCAAGAUGUAGAAUUAAUUGGACUCGCGAUGAUGGAAUUUGGCUUCUCGAGGUUGACAGGUUGCUGAGAGCAGGAGGAUAUUUUGUUUGGGCAGCGCAGCCUGUUUAUAAACAUGAAGUAGCCCUACAAGAACAAUGGAAAGAAAUGGAGGACCUGACUACGCGCAUUUGUUGGGAACUUGUAAAGAAGGAAGGGAUGAUUGCCAUAUGGAGGAAACCUUUAAAUAACAGCUGCUAUCUUAGCCGUGAUGCUGGAGUGCAGCCUCCAUUGUGUGAUUCCAAUGACGAUCCAGACAAUGUUUGGUAUGUUGGUUUGAAGGCAUGCAUCAGUCGGUUACCUGAAAAUGGUUAUGGAGCAAAUGUUUCAAUGUGGCCUGCACGGGUUCAUGAUCCACCAGACAGACUCCAGAGCAUAAAAUUAGAUGCCUACAUAUCUAGAAAAGAAAUCUUCAGGGCAGAGGCGAAGUACUGGAACGAAAUAAUUAGCGCUUAUAUUGGUGCUUACCAUUGGAAAGAGUUAAACUUCAGAAACAUAAUGGACAUGAGGGCUGGAUAUGGAGGGUUUGCAGCAGCAUUGCAUGACCUCGGGCUAGAUUGUUGGGUAAUGAACGUUGUUCCUGUGUCUGGGUUCAACACCUUACCGGUUAUUUAUGACCGUGGACUUAUUGGAGUCCAGCAUGACUGGUGUGAGCCAUUUGACACUUAUCCAAGAACAUAUGACUUAUUGCACGCAGCAGGUCUCUUUUCUAUUGAGCAGAAGAGGUGUAAUUUCUCAACCAUCAUUCUUGAAAUGGACCGAAUGUUAAGGCCUGGGGGACGGGUUUAUAUACGCGACUCUGUGUCUGUACUCGGUGAGAUUGAAGAACUUGCAAGUGCAGUUGGAUGGGUGCCUGCACUACAUGAUACAGGAGAAGGACCCCAUGCAAGCUGGAAGAUCUUAAUAAGUGACAAGCGUUUGUGACAAUAUGAUGUAGUGCAAAGAUACUGGGGUCUUUUUCUGGAAAAGGGGGUCGAAGUGUCUCACCACAAGAAAGAAGCCACUGCAGCUAACUCACUGCACAUUUGAUGUUGUAUGAUCCGAAGAUCAGCUUGCACAAUCACUUUUGUUGUUUUUGAAAGGAAGAAUCCAAAAUGCACAAAAUUAGGCUGUCAAAGACUGAGAUGUGCAUAAAACUAACUGUAAUACGAUGAUAUUGUAAGACUUAUUUCACAACACAAAACAUUCCUCACACUUCAUUCAUAUAAAGAGUAAAAGCC